AGCUUGAAGUGGACCCGCAAGCAACUUCACGUAGGCAAGGGCAUUUUCAACAAAUGCCGCGUGAAUCCCUGGAAUGCAUUUGUGAGACAAGAGCUGAACAAGUACAACGAAGGACGUGGAGUGGGAGAUCGUUUAAAAUUGCCUGUGUUCAUUACAGAAAACCGCACACAAUUAAUGACAAGUUAUUGCCGCUUGACAGUGGCCGACAAGAACCAUCUUCAAGAUAACGUCGAGACGCUUCGUCAGUCCCGCGUAAAAGUCACUCGUGCUAACCCUAAGGCACUACAGAAAGAUGUCAAUGCUACAUUCAAUGCAAUGCAGACCGAAGUACUUAAUUUUUAUUCGGUCCAUGAAAUACGCACUAAAUGGUUGAACAGUGGACUGCUAUCCAGGCUCGAACAGGUAUUGAGGGGAUCUACCUUGUUGUCCGUGGCGAUGUCGAGCAGUACCACGAGCCGAAGCUCUUUUAUACACCUAAGGUUGCUUCAUUCAUCAAAGACGGUCACAAUGAACUACGAUAAUUACGAGCAGAAAAUCGUAGAAACUUAUGCUGUUGCUCUCCAAGGC